AGCGCGUCGCUAGGCUUUACGAGAGGACGCACUACGGAGGCCGAGAAGGAGAGAAAUGUGGGUGCGGGCCGUGUGGCUGGGCCUUCGAGCGUCGGCGGGCGGGCGCCGGGGCUUCUCCUCCAAGGCCGAUCCUCAGGGAAGCCGCCGGGUCACGGCCGAGCUGAUUGAGCACCUGGAGCGGCUAGCGCUUGUGGACUUCGGCAGCCAAGAGGCCGUGGCAAGGCUGGAGAAAGCCAUCGCCUUCGCCGACAGGCUCCGCGCCGUGGACACGGACGGGGUGGAGCCCAUGGAGUCAGUUCUGGAGGACAGAUGUCUGUACUUGAGAUCCGACAAUGUGGUAGAAGGCAACUGUGCUGAAGAACUACUACAAAACUCCCAUCGAGUUGUGGAGGAGUAUUUUGUGGCUCCCCCAGGUCCUGCCAGCUGCCUGAUGGAGGAAGUCCUAGGCACAGAGAACAUAAGAGAAGAGGCCACAUCCUUCAUCUAUGUUAAGAGCCAUCAAGCCCUAGGGUCCCUUCUCCAUCAAUCACUGCUUUUAAAUCCUGAGGGUCCCCAAAUCACAAAUUUUAAUAAGGGACACAAAACCAGAGAAGAACACUAAAGUAUGUGUGGAAAACCACCAUAAGAAGCUGGUCCUAGGAUAAUCUUCCAGAGACCAAGCCUUUCCGACAGACCAAGAAGUUCAUCCCGUUAUAGGUUUAGUACCUCUAAGAAUUCAGAGCCUCUCUUUCUUUGUUCUUCAUAAUUAAUAACAAACUCCCAAGACUUUGAGUUCUAAUUUUUUCCAUUAUGAAAUUUAUUGGUACCAAUUAUUUCUUGCCUGACUGGGUUCCCAGGACAUCGGAAUUUUGAAACCAUCCAAUAAAAUAACCAAAGUGUAGCUGAAGUAACACAACGAAAAUCUAAAGUUUGUUUUCUUGUAGGUGUGAAUGACUGACAAACUAGACAAAGUACCUCUUAAAAGAUCACCAAUACUCUUCAAUACAGUAGGGGAAAAGGUAAGACUCAGACGCUAAAACUAGUCGGGAGUCAUACAACCCUACCUGAUGUCAUGAAAGGGAAAUGUGCUCCUGCUCUCAAAGGCUGUGUUUACCGCUCACAGCUCAGGACUGCAGCCAUUUCCUAAUAGUUUUCUAAGCAGGAUUUCAGAGCAGCAUGGAGAGAAAAAAAGAUAUGUAUGACAUCCUGAAGGAGGGAAUAGAGUUCUGGGGUUAAAAAAUUACAAAGGGACACAGAUAGGCAGAUACUGACAGUAUCACUCUCAAGCACCAUGGGAGUCUGAUGUGACUGUGUGACAUUCACAUCUAAGACAGUGCCAGGCUCCUCAAUACACUUCACUCCACCAGGGCCCUAAAACACCCCUGCAAUGUGCAGAAGGCCCCAGGUUUUUACCAGUGUGUUAAUAUUUCAAAAAGAUGCAUCAACCUCUGAGCUUAGCAUUUCAUCACUUGUCAACACUAGACAUUUCAUUCUAUACUUUGCAAUACAAUCACUAUGACUCCCAAGUUGUAGUUUUGGUUUCUUUUUUACAUAAUUCCAAAACCACCACAAAAUAUGGCCUAUUUUAGGAUCCAAGGCUAGGUAAUUUGUUCAAAUCUGGCUUCUGCAAUGUCUUUCUAGCAAGUCCGACACCAGGGUACAUUCCAAAAGAAAAUGUCUUUAGAAUUCCAGCUCAAGGGGUUUUGCCAUCAUCUUCCCUUUCAACAUUAGAAAACUCCAUUAUAAGAAGAAAGUUUAUGUUCUAUCAAGGCUGCACUAUCAGUGCAAUUUCAUUGGCAAGGUACCUGCCUCACUGGUAGGGCUUCAGAUUGUCACUGUGCAUGGGCUGUUGAAAAGAAAACCCCACACAUCCCACGCACUGAAGAAUAACAGCUAACAAUUCUUGGAGGCCAGACUCUGUGCUAAGUAUUUUACAUGCAUCAUCUUAUUUAGU